AUGUUCGGUCGUGUACUUCCGCGAAGGGGUUUUCAUCUCGUCCGUCAGGUGGACACACGAGGCUUUGUAGGUGAUUUCAGAAAACUUAACCACGUUCGCAGCGCGAGUACCAUGAAGGAGGUGCGCGCUGCACUAGGGAUGUCUCAAAAUGUUCUCUUUUGUGGGCAUUACAGCACCGGUAAGCUCACGAUUCUCAAGGCGCUAGGCGAGCAUUGCGAAAAGAAACUAGGCAAGCGGGUCGCUUUUGUCUCCGCCGAUGUCCGCCGUGCGAGCCGCUUAGAUGGGUACUUAUUGCACCAUUUUAUCGGUCUGAGGCUCAGCCAGGAUGACUUACCCUCACAGGAGCAGCUUGAGGGGACGUUGGAGCGACACAUGCGGCUUGUCGAAUCCACCUAUGCGGGCAACUUUCCCAGUCUGAGCAAUACCGAUGUGCUUAUUCUUGAUUCCCUGGAGCGAAUUCCAUCGGUGGUGUUGCUUUCCAUGGAUGCGGUGAGUCGUCGACAGCGUGGAAAGCUCAGGGAGCCCUUUGGCGGAUUGCGUGUGUUUGCCGCAGCGGACUUUUGGAGGCUCCCGGUGCACCCCACCAGCGAUACGGGAGACUACUUAUUCCAGUUAGAUUCAUGGGGCGAAAUGUUCCCGAAGCAAGUUUUGCUAGAGCGCACUCACGGGCAGGAAAAGAGGCUGAACGAUUUCACGCUCAAAGCGCUCUACGGCAACCUCGAUUUGGAGGAUAUCAAGGAACUGGAGGCGCUUUCCACGGAUGGUAACUCAAGUCAGAGUGGUGCGGCCGAAAAGGUCUGUAAUGAGGCUGUAUCAUCGACCACCAGCGAUAUCGGAGACGAUCCGGAUGCCCCUUUUGAGCUCAACGCAACGACACCUACCCACUCCAAUGUCCUUAGCAGCCCUGAGGAUGUGAACUGUGCGAGGCAGGAAUCCAGCCAUCAGUGGGAUGGGAUCAUUUCCAACGCGGAGGCUAUCGUACGCUUCAUGCCGCGAUUCCCCAAACAGCCUAGCGUUAAAAUUAUGCCGUCACGUUACCGUCAGCUUAAGCGUAUCGAGAUCGGUAACUUUUUGGUUAACAUUCUUGCACAGUCUACCACCGCAGUUUCCUUAGGUUUAUUUGACGCCCUGAGUGUUGAGCCGGGUUCGAAGGUUCAUCUACUCCUGGAUGGGCAGGCUUCCUACGGCGUUCCAGCCGGUGCAGUUGGAGAGGUUAUGGGGCUUAAGGAACACUACAUCACGGUGCAUUUUCCAGAAGAGCAUCGUACCAUCGAGAUCCCCCGCAUGCGCAUCACGACUUUUCACCCCCAGUAUCCAGAAAUCACAUACGAACUACGCCAAUUUCCCCUCUUCCCGCGGCACUGCCUCUGCCCGAUGAGCAUUUUAAUGUACGGGAAUUCGUAUCACGUCAACCUCAACGGCCGCCAGAUGGCUGAUACCAACGACGUAGGCAACCUCCUCGCCCAGAUGCGUUCCUUCAAGGAUUUCACAUUGCGAAAUAUUCAGGACUUUCUCCAGCUCGACGGCAUGGUGCACGAGCCCACGCGAAUUUACUACCACCUGAUCAAAGGGUUGCCCAUGACGAGUACUCCAGAGCAGUGGUGCCGAAAUUGCAAGUCCUUCGUGCCCUCAAGCACCUUUUUCUCCCACUGGAAUGACUGCAUCAAGUCGGUGCGGUGGUGCUCGGAGUGCAACCGAAGCAUCCCGCUUGAGUUGCUCGAGCCGCACCGGGAGAAGCACCAGGUGGUGAUGUGUUUGGAUUGCGGGCAGGCGGUGGAGUGGCGACAGUGGGAGGCACAUCGCCUCUCGUGCUGGGGGAUGAUGCGGGAGGUGAGUCCGGAUAACGAAUUUCUGCCAUUGCGUACUCGUCAGCUCGCGCUCGAGCUAGGGCUGGAUAAGCGGGACCUGCACACCGUGCGUAGCUUUUCUCGCACCAUGCUCCCUCGUUCCAAAGUCAGGAUGGAAUAG